CGCCGAGCCAGUCGCCCUCGGCAGCUUUGUUUACCUCUGAUUCGACCAAAACAAUUUACCUUCAUACUUGCUCACUGCCAACUCCCAAAUUUUGGACUCGCCGCUCGUACACAACACCUCGCAUACACAGAUGGCACCUCCUCCUCUUCGACGAAUGAAACGCGCCUCGUCGGUCGCCGACGCCAACAGCCCCGCUCCGGCGCGCACAGCGAUGGCGACAGCAGAAACACCGCGAAUGCCUCCCCUAAAGGACGCUGUUUUCACGCCAAAAACCCCGUUUCGACGCGUCAAUGAUGGCAGAAUUACCAAAAGCCAGAAACAGGGGCUUCUCGACAACCUGGAGGUGGAGUUGAAUGAACGAUCUCGAAAGCUGCGUUCUCAAGUAAACCAGCAAUCUCGGGCGCUCAAACAGCGGAUAGAGAUGCGCAUCACCCGUAUCCCGAAGAAGCUGUGGAAGGUGACCAUGGCAGAAAUGUUGGCCCAGGCGGAGGGGCGGGAUGUGGCAAAUCCCAUGGUCGCUUCUAUCAGCGCAAAGGAGUUCGUAGAGGAAGUUCGGAGCCUGAGUCGCGGGGCACCAGAGAAAGAGCGCUUGAUAGUAUCGAAGAGGAGUCCAUCCAAACCGGCUGUUUCCCCAGCACGGGAACGUAUGCCGCCGCCGCCGCUCCCGGCUCUGGUUUCCAGCAACAAUCCCCUAUCUACCAAGCCAAACCUGCAACCUAUGCAACCUUCAUUGUCUUCUCCACCGCGAUCCUCCUCACCUCAGAGGUCGCCAACACGCCAAGGCUCGCCCGCGAAGGCGUCCUCCAAAGGGCCGACGCGAGCGCGUAAAGCAGCUGCGCCAACCAACGCAUCCAACUCGAGACCAACAUCACGUGUCUCUACCCGAUCAUCGAUAGAAACGGCGGGUACACAAGCAUCUGGAAUGAGGGGUACAAAAAGUUCGAAGGCUAAGGCUGCCGCUGCUAUCGCCGCCCCGGAGGCUAAGGGGUUAAAGAGGGGCGGAGGAGGUAAUACGGGAAGUAAUGGAAGCUUGAAGGAGAACCGCGUGGCGGGUGUAAAGACCGAGACAACUGGUAAGGUAGCAACAGGGAGGGUGUUGAGAUCCAGAAAGUGAGCGGGCAAUGAUCUCCAGGCCAUAUUGGACACCGACUGCGGGCUUUGGUCUUCUUAGUUGCAUAUUUUUUGGUAUUGGGCUGUAUGGGUUUGCUGUUGAUAUGGGUUCGGAGCUAUCUUUCGUCUGACUUGUUAUGCGUUGCUUGGGAAGCAUGUGGAUUUGGUCGUUUUGUGUUUUGUAUUUGUUCCGCACGGUUUUUUGAAUUCACGAUACCUUCUGAUCGGCCAAGCCCUCUGGGCAACGGCAACCGG